CCGGCGGUGCUGCCAACCUGUGCUGUAUUGGCAUUAUCACACAUGUUCGUAAAGACCCUAAAAUGUUUCAACCAUCUCGGCAGCAGAUUCUCCGGCUUUAUAAACACCUUAUCCGAUACGGCAAUCAUCUGAAGUUGACGGACAAGAACUACUUUUUGGGUCGCGUGCGACACGAGUUCCGCGACAGUCGCCAGUUGACCAGUCCCUCGGAAAUCGAGUUCAACUUCAGGCGAGGAGAGACAUUGCUGAAGAACGGACGCAUACUGUAGGGAUGAUACGGGCCUUGGUUUCACGGUUGGCUCUCCCUCCGCUAGUUGUCCGCUGGAAGUCAACCGCUAACUUGGAUUACUCGCGCUAUCCAAAGCUGCAAG